AUGGCAGCAAACACCCACACAGCUCUGGCAGAGCUUGUCCUGCAGGGCUCCUCAGAAUACCCCCAGCUCCAGGGUGUCUUCUCUGCUCUCUUCUUCCUCCUUUACCUGAUGGCUCUCACAGGGAAUGGCCUCAUCCUCAUGGCCAUCUGCCUGAAUCCAUUCCUGCACACAGCAACAUAUUUCUUUCUCAUCAACCUUCCCAUCUUAGAUAUUGUCUGCAUGUCCACCAUUCUCCCCAAGUUGCUGGAGGACCAGGUGGGCAAGGGCAGCACCAUCUUCUACCAGGACUGCAUGACCCAGCUCUUCUUCCUGACAUGGUUUCUGAGGGCAGAGCUAUUGCUGCUCACACUCAUGGCCUGUGACUGCUAUGUGGCCAUCUGCCAGCCCCUGCAGUAUCACAUGCUGAUGAGCAGGCCCCUCUGUGUCCUGCUGGCAGGCAGUGUCUGGGAAGUCAGUGGGGUCAGCACCUCUGUGCCCACUGGCUUGAUGGCACAGCUAAUGUUCUGUGGCUCCAGACAAAUCCAUCACUUUCUGUGUGAAGUCCCCACAUUGCUGCUGCUUGCCUGUGGCCCAACAUGCCUGAGCAACAACAUGAUUGUUUUCACAGAUGUUUACUUUGGGCUGGUCAACUUCCUGCUCACCAUGGUAUCCUAUGGCUUCAUUGUCACCAGAAUCCUGCACAUCCACUCAACUGAGGGCAAGCACUGGGCCUUCUCCACCUGUUCCUCCCACCUCCUGGUGGUCUGCAUAUACUACUCCACUGGCAUCCUACACCUACAUCCUCCAGGGUCUGGCUCCUCCAUGGAAAAUGGCAAAGUGGUAGCCAUCAUGUACAAGGCAGUCAGCCCCAUGCAGUGUAGUCAGCCCCCACACUGUGGAGAAAGGAUGUAA